UAGUUGACAAGUUUAAAUCCUACUUCUACGCUGACCAGUUUACGAGCUAAAAUUUUUCAAAUCCCAACUAACUACUCUGUUCAAUCAUGUCCUGUAUGCUACUCCCGUUGUUCGUCGUGAGUAUGUUGCAGAAUCAGGCUUCUGCACAGAAUGAGAUUCUUGUAACUUUCGAUGGCACCCCGGCCACUGCAUCGUCAAGUAGCAACAACGGCAUGUGCACCUGCGUACCAGAGGGUACCUGUUCGUCCGCAACAACUAACAUCGAUAUUCGAAUCGUUAACACGGGCUCGAAUUGCUCCGCUGGGCAAGUGUACUGUUGCUCGCCUACUUCGGGACAUUUGCUCGAUACUACCUGCGGUAUACGAAAAAUAACAUCGUCUUCGCACACCGAGGGCCAGGCCAAUUAUGGAGCAUACCCUUGGCAAGCUGUGCUUUUGACAACGAGCAACGGUUACGCAGGCUCCGGUGUGCUGAUUACUCCGAAUCAUAUACUCACUGCUGCCCACAAAGUAGCAUCUUACACAAAUGGCGGGAUUAAAGUAAGAUUAGGAGAACGGAACGAUCAGUCUACCAGUGAACUUUAUCCAGUCAGAGAAUAUACGGUUCGAAAAGUGGCUGUACAUCCGAACUUCAACUCUGUUAAUCUUCAAAAUGACGUGGCCGUAUUAACGUUGAGCGGUACUGUUCCUAUUUCAAGCAGUCCCAAUAUUAACACCGCAUGUUUUCCAUCUGCAGUGCCUCCAGCUAAUACAAGAUGUUGGGUGUCGGGCUGGGGAAAGGAUGCGUUUGGCGCGAAUGGAAAAUAUCAAAGUACAAUGAAAGAAGUCGAUGUGCCCAUUGUAGACGAUGCAACUUGCGAAGCUGCCCUUCGAAGAACUAGACUUGGGCAAUCUUUCAGCCUCAGUAAAGGCAGUUUCUUGUGUGCAGGUGGCGAACCUGGUAAAGAUGCAUGCACGGGUGAUGGCGGUUCGCCAUUGGUCUGCCAAUCUGGAAACGGCCAAUGGCAGGUUGUCGGGUUGGUAGCAUGGGGUAUUGGUUGUGCUACUCAAAAUGUUCCUGGUGUAUAUGUGAACGUAUACAAUUAUAUUUCAUGGAUUAUGCAACAACUUAAUUAAAACAUACGAUUGUAUAAAUUAAAUACUGAAGAUGAUAAUA